UCAAGAGAGCCAGAUGGGACAUACUGAGGCAUCUGAAUGGAAGAGUAACGGAUACACAGCCACAUGCCUGCAAAAUAUGAGUGGAUCCUAUAUACACUUUAAUUAAUUAUCUUCCUUUUUGUUAAUGUAAAAGCUCUACAGCUUCAUAUAGAGCCGAAACAAUGGAUGCGCCCCCACAGACAAAGACAGUUGGAAGCCUCCAGUCUCCCUCAGCGGCUAACCUGGCCACGUUGCAGUCCUACAGGCCGCUUUUGAGCGACUUUGGACCUCCAUCUCUGGGAUUCUCACAGGGCUCCAGUGGCAGCCAAGUGCCUCAGAACAAAUAUGCAGAGCUGCUGGCCAUCAUCGAAGAGCUUGGAAAGGAGAUCAGGCCUACAUAUGCUGGAAGUAAGAGCGCCAUGGAGAGACUGAAAAGAGGAAUAAUCCAUGCCAGAGGGUUGGUGCGUGAAUGCUUGGCUGAGACGGAGAGAAACGCAAGGUCCUAGCUACCAACACACAUUCCUCCCUGCAAGAAGAACUAACAGUGUGCGUCUCGUGAAAAAAAAAAAAAAAAAAAAAGAACUUGCAUGGCAUUUCCUUAGAGAAGAGGAAGUAAAAGAACAAAGGAUGGGAUAA